AUGUACUUGGUAUGGGAUGAUCUUUCAGUGACAUUGCCGAAUUCUGGCAAUGGACAUGCGAGAAAGUUACUUAAUGGCCUCACUGGGCAUGCUGAGCCAGGCAGAAUGAUGGCCAUUAUGGGUCCAUCUGGAUCAGGGAAAUCAACUCUUCUCGAUUCACUUGCAGGAAGACUAUCAGGAAACCUCGUCAUGACCGGGAAUGUUAUCCUUAAUGGGAAGAAGAGGAAAUUAAACUAUGGUGGUCUUGCUUACGUAACUCAACACGAUGUGUUGCUGGGAACUCUCACGGUCAGAGAAACAAUAAGGUACUCCGCAGACUUGAGGCUUCCAUCUACAAUGACUAAAGAUGAAAUAAGUGGCAUCAUCGAGAGCACCAUUGAGGAAAUGGGUCUUCAAGAUUGUGCUGAUCGGCUAAUAGGAAAUUGGCACUUGCGAGGUAUAAGUGGAGGAGAGAGAAAGAGGCUCAGCAUUGCACUAGAAAUACUGACAAGACCACACUUAUUGUUUCUUGACGAACCCACCAGUGGCUUGGAUAGUGCUUCAGCUUUCUUUGUAGUUCAGACACUAAGAAACAUCGCUCAUGAUGGCAGAACAAUUCUCUUUGCAAUCCACCAACCCAGUAGUGAAGUUUUUGCAUUAUUUGAUGAUCUGUAUCUUCUUUCUGGUGGUGAAACAGUCUAUCUUGGAGGAGCAAAGCUGGCGGUAGAGUUUUUUGGUGAAGCAGGGUUUCCCUGUCCAAAUACCAGAAAUCCUUCUGAUCACUUCCUUCGUUGUAUCAAUUCUGACUUUGACACUGUUGCAACUUUCAUGGAAUCCUGCAGAAAACAUGAAACCCAUAAUGUGUUGGAUCCAGCUACAAUAUUGACGACAGCAGAAAUUAAAGCAUUGCUCAUACAGACAUACAGGGGGUCGGAGUAUGCAUCAAAAACAAGAGCUAGGAUUCAGGAGAUCUCACACAUUGAAGGGCUUACAGAUAGAAGAAGUGAAGGAAGCCCAGCAAAAUGGUGGAAGCAGCUUUCCACAUUGACAAGGAGAUCCUUUAAGAACAUGCUAAGAGAUCUCGGGUAUUACUGGAUAAGGAUAGUGGUCUAUAUGGCACUUUCAAUUUGUGUUGGUACCAUUUUCUUUGACAUUGGAACAAGCUACACAUCAAUCUGGGCAAGGGGAUCGUGUGGUGCAUUUGUUGCAGGGUAUAUGACAUUCAUGUCAAUUGGAGGCUUCCCAUCAUUUCUUGAGGAGAUGAAGGUGUUCUACCAUGAAAGACUCAAUCGGCAUUAUGGCAUAGCUGUCUACAUUCUAGCAAACUUCCUCUCAUCAUUCCCGUUUGUCGUAUUAAUGUCAUUCGCUACUGGGACUAUUAUAUACUACAUGGUGAAAUUUCGGUCGGAAUUCUCCCUUUGUUUGUAUGUCUGCCUUGAUCUUUUCAGCUCUGUUGCUAUUGUAGAGAGCUGCAUGAUGAUUAUAGCUUCACUUGUUCCCAACUUUUUGAUGGGAAUCAUUUUAGGAGCAGGAUAUAUGGCAAUUGUGAUGAUGACAUCAGGGUACUUCCGAUCGCUUCCUGACCUUCCUAGGGCAUUCUGGCGUUAUCCAUUGUCAUACAUCAACUAUGGGGCAUGGGCAUUGCAGGGAGCAUACAAGAAUGACUUGAUUGGACUUGAGUUUGAUUCACCAGUCCCUGAUGGGCCAAAACUGAAAGGCGAACUUGUGCUCACAAAUAUACUUGGCAUCAAACACAAUUACUCAAAAUGGUGGGAUUUAGCCGCACUUCUAACCAUUCUAAUAUGUUAUAGACUUCUCUUUUUCGCCAUUCUUAAGUUCAAAGAGAGAGCUUCUCCAAUUGUACGGUCACUUCAUGCCAAGAGAACUCUACGACAACUCGGCAAGAGGCCUUCAUUCCAGAAGAUUCCGUCGGUUCCUUCCAAGAGGCACCAGAGGCUUCAUUCUCUGUCUUCUCAAGAGGGUCUUGACUCACCAAUCCAUUGAAGAAGCAAGGAAGUUCAUGUCUCUCUGCUCAAAUGACCAGUAGCCAGGCUGUGACUAGUAGAGAAUGCUCCAGGAGCUCUUUAUGCUUGAGGCAUCCCACCAAUGGCACAUAUAAUGUGUUAGACAUCUAUAUGUAUGUAUGUUUUGUGUGUGUGUGUGUGUGUGUGUGAGAAAGAGAGAGAGAAAUAACACCAAGUUUUUUCGGCCAAUAUAGAUAAUACCAUGCCGCGUAGAGAAUGAUGUGACAA